ACCCCUCACAGAGGCUCUCUCCGUUCCGCAUGCUCCGUAUGCUGGAGGCUUGCAGAACCCCAGGGAACCGCAUCGGCAUCGUCCAUGAGAAUGUGAAGAUGGGCUCCGACGGGGAGAGCGACCAGGCGUCCGGUACAUCUUCUGAUGAGGUCCAGAGUCCCGUGAGGGUCCGCAUGCGGAACAACCACCACCGACGGAUCUCCAAUGAGGACAUAAACAAGCGCCUCUCUCUCCCAGCUGAUAUCCGGCUUCCGGAGGGAUACCUGGAGAAGUUUGCGAUGAAUAGCCCGCCCUUCGAUAAGCCCAUGAGCCGCCGGCUACGCCGAGCCUCAUUGUCUGAAAUAGGCUUUGGAAAACUGGAAACGUACAUCAAACUGGACAAAUUAGGAGAAGGGACCUACGCCACCGUGUUCAAAGGGCGGAGCAAGUUAACAGACAACCUGGUGGCGCUGAAAGAGAUCCGGUUGGAGCACGAGGAGGGGGCGCCCUGCACGGCCAUCCGUGAAGUGUCUCUGUUGAAGGAUCUGAAGCACGCCAACAUCGUCACUCUGCACGACAUCAUCCACACUGACAAGUGCCUGACGCUGGUGUUUGAGUACCUGGAGAAGGAUUUGAAACAGUACAUGGAUGACUGCGGUAGCAUCAUGAGUGUCCACAACGUCAAGCUAUUUCUCUUCCAGCUGCUGCGAGGUCUUGCCUACUGCCACAAGAGGAAAGUCCUCCACAGAGACCUCAAGCCUCAGAAUCUGCUCAUCAACGAAAAAGGAGAGCUCAAACUAGCUGACUUUGGUUUGGCCAGGGCCAAGUCAGUCCCUACCAAGACGUACUCUAACGAAGUGGUGACAUUAUGGUACCGGCCCCCAGACGUGCUGCUGGGCUCCACUGAGUACUCUACACCCAUUGACAUGUGGGGCGUGGGCUGCAUCUUCUACGAGAUGGUCACAGGCCGGCCGCUGUUCCCCGGUUCCACAGUGGAGGACGAGCUGCACCUCAUAUUCCGCAUCCUGGGUACGCCCACGGAGGAGACCUGGCCCGGCUGCACCAACAGCGAAGAGUUCAAGACCUACAACUUCCCCAAGUACAACGCAGAGCCCUUGGUCAACCACGCACCCAGGAUAGACAGCGAUGGCCAUGAUUUGCUAUCCAAACUCCUGCAGUUUGAGGCCAAGAAGCGUAUUUCAGCAGAAGAUGCCCUCCGGGUGCCUUACUUCAAGAGUCUUGGAGAGCAGGUUCAGUCACUAGUUGAUACUGCCUCACUCUUCUCAAUAAAAGAAAUUCAGCUCCAUAAAGACCCAGGCAAGAGGUCUGCUGUUUACCCAGAAUCAGCAAUGGCACAUAAGAUAGGCUCCGCCCCCUCGCAGUACUUCCAGCGAGAAGCAGCCAAUCCCAGGGCUCAGAGUCAGGCUCUCGCCUCCCCUUCCACAGGCUGAUUGGCCAGAGUCCAUCUGCCCAGGGGAAGAGUAGAAGGCAGAGUGUGUUGUUUUAGUGUCGGAGGGGUCCAGUGAAGGUGUGGAGGCAGGGAGGUCCGGUCUCAGACACGCGCUCACUGACCCCCACCGCACAAACUAAACAAACGGAGAGUCACACACUCUCGCCAGGGACGUGCCGUAGGAGGCAACAAUGAUGACAACAACAAUGACAACAACAUAAACAACAACAACACCACAUCACCACAAACAAACAAAAAAAAUACCUGAAGAAGAAACCAGAACUAUAAAAGAAACUGUCAACUACGCCCGAAACGAGAUUGAGAAACUGCGACCUUAAACUUGAUAGAAGAUAAAUAAAGUAACUCCCCACUACAGAGAGAGAGAGAGAGGGAGAGAAAGAAGAGAGCAUGAAGAUGGGCAGGGGAGAAAAAAAGAGAGCAAGAGGAUUCUCAUUGCUGCUGCUGUUACGACAGCUGCCCAGGGGAGGGCAGUGUGUACGACGUGGACUUAAACAAAACCUUGCUGUAUCAGUGAGAAAGAGGGGAAACCUAGCCCUUGGAAGGGAUGGCGGACACACUUAAAAAAGAGCAUGAGAGAGAAUGCAACCGUCUUUCUCUCCUUUGGUCUUUUUAUUUGGGGUCGGCUGAACUGUUGUACAUAAAGAGAAGGAGUUUUAGAACUCUGCUUUUUUGUUUUAUAAAUAUCAGCCUGAAUCCCAAACUCUAAAGACGUCACCUUAUACAUGCAGCCCUUAUAACUAUUUGCCUUUUCCAAUAGAAAACAUCUGACAGACAGGCACACUUGCCCCCUCUCCUUCUUACUUUCGACUCUCUUGUCUCUCACACACACACACACACACACACACACACACACACACACACACACACACACACACACACACACACACACA